AUGGAAAGGUUAGUUGUAGUUACGGACUGGAAUAUACCUGCAUGUAGGCUAUACCAUGUGUUUCAAAAAACAAGAUGGCAGCUGUAUGUGGUGAAUUAUGUAGCUGCAGAAACUUGAGGCAUUUUCAACAAACAGGAUCCAUAGCAAGACUUUCAAGAUCAAUAUUUUCUUCAAAAAAUGUUUCGUUGCAAGCAAAAGAAGCAAACACAGAAGCUGAAAGAACACAGACAUAUGUUUAUGGAAGAAAGAAAAGGGACAGGUUAACAGUCUUAAAAGCACUUUCUUCUACUGUUGGACAGGUUCCAAAUAAACCAGAUUAUCGCUUUUUUGAUGAUGUCAUACUUAAUCCACGUUCGCUUAUGAAACAGAGAGAACUGCUGCUUGCAAUGGAGUCUGGAACGAAAGCAGCUGAAUAUGUAUUAAAAAAGUAUCCUGAUUUAUUUCCAAUGCGACAGCCAGUGCCGGUCUGGCCAAAAGAAAGUGUAUUGAUUGUUGACGAUAUGGAAGAAACUGUUGACAACCUUCAAUUGCUUAUGACAAAUGGUGACAACAUUCCAAAAGUUAUCAAUCUCUAUGAAAAGCUAAAACAGAAAGAAUUAUUGUCAAUUGAUAUACACAACGAUGUUCUGGAUUUUGUCAGCUUCCACACAGUUGCAGGAUCACCAAUGGAACAAGAUGAAAAAGCUUCUACAAUGUCAUCAUCUUCUUCCUCUUCUUCUUCCUCUUCCUCAGAAGAAGAAGCACAUGCAACAAUCCAGGAAAGUGAAGAAACUAAAUCGGCCAAAUCAACUUGGAGAAUUGAUGGUUAUGCUGAAAAACUCUUUGCAGAAUUAAAAGACCAGUCAAAUAGUAGAACAUAUGAAGUUUUUAUUCUCGGCUUAAUCAAGCAUGAUGAGCAACUCAGAGCAUUUCAUUUACUUCAAGAGUUUGAUAACAACAACAUGAAGGGUAGCUUAUUUUUCUAUAACAGCCUACUUUCACAAGUGUGUAGCGUUAGAGAAGGAGAUAAAAAUCGAUGGGAUUUGGUUGAGGAAAUUGUUGCUAGCAUGAUGAGAAGCAAAGUUACACCCAAUGUAGUGACAUACAACGCAUUACUUGAUGUGGCAUUCCAAAUGAAUGAAAAUGCUCAUGAGCUUUGUCAGCGUCUACUGCGAGAAAUGAAAAAAUUGAAAAUAGCUCCCUCACUUGGAAGUUAUUAUUAUGUACUAGCUGCUGAAAGAAAAAGACCUCGUCAAGAUAUUAAAGUUCUUGUGGAAACUGUAAGGGAUGUCAAAAAGGGAUGUGCUGAAUUUGCCAUGCAACAUCCUGCAGAUAUAUUAUUCUUCAACAUUGCUAUGGAUUUGGCGAGGUACAAGAGGAGUGGAAGCAUAGCGAGAGAUUUGCUAGACAUUGUUGUAAAUAAUGGAUUACAAUAUUUGUUAGGGUCUAAAAACAGUAGCUUCUUUGGCAAUUACAUUUGUGCGAUAGCACGAACUGCUCCCGAUCUUGACACUAUAAUUGAAGAAUACGAGAAAAUAAUUCCGAAGUAUUUUAUCCCAAGAGAUUGGGUUUUCCAGCAAUUACUUUUAGCGCUACGUAACCAUAAGAACGCAAAAUAUGUUCCAAAGUUAUACACAGACAUGGUUUCAAUGCGAGUACCACUUACGGAAAGAGUAACAAAUGCCUUAUAUGCAGCGUUGGACACUUACGUACCAGAAGAGAAAGCUGAAGAGGCCCUACGUGUUGUGAAAGACUCAAGAAAAUGGAUGGAAGUUUUUCGUGUACCGAUGACAUCAAACAUUUUAUCAACAACAAUCAAAGUACUUUGUCUCAACAAAAACUAUGAUGACGCCAGAGAAUUAAUGGAGGAGUAUAAAGAAAGUGAAAUUGACAUCAGUUAUGGUGCUUUAAAAAAUGUUUUGGAUUUAAAUCUGUUGCAAGAGGACAAGCAAGAAGCACUAAGCACGUUGAAAUAUAUGGCAGAUAAAAAAGUUCAAUUGAGCAACGAGAUGAGAAAGUUGAUAUCCGAUCAUGUUUUACUUUCGGAUAAAAGUGAAAAGAUUCUAUCGUGGUUUUAGGGUUGGAUCAAAUGAUCAUUUGUUUCGCUCGAUAGAAAUAUUGUAGGCUUUGUUUUCUAAAAUACAUGGAUUUUAUAUAUUUUGCGUA